AUGAAGGAAAGGAGAAACACACAGCCGCUGGUGGUGAGAUGUAAACUGGUGCUUGUGGGAGACGUUCAAUGCGGAAAAACGGCGAUGUUGCAAGUGCUGGCGAAGGAUUGUUAUCCAGAGACCUACGUGCCCACGGUAUUUGAAAACUACACGGCCUGUCUGGAGCUGGAGGAGCAGCGGGUGGAGCUCAGUCUGUGGGACACCUCAGGUUCUCCAUACUACGAUAAUGUGAGGCCCCUAUGCUACAGUGACUCAGAUGCAGUUUUACUGUGCUUUGACAUCAGCCGCCCGGACACUGUGGACAGCAGUCUGAAGAAGUGGAAAACUGAGAUCCUGGACUUCUGUCCCAGCACACGCAUCCUGCUCAUUGGCUGUAAGACCGACCUGCGCACAGACGUCUGCACGCUGAUGGAGCUGUCCAAUCAGAAACAGACCCCCAUCACCUAUGAGCAGGGCUCUGCUAUGGCCAAGCAGCUGGGUGCAGAGGCUUACCUGGAGUGCUCAGCGUUCACCUCGGAGAAAAGCAUCCACAGCGUGUUCCGCACCGCGGCGAUGGCCUGCAUCAACAAGCUGCAGCCUCUCCCGAAGACCAGCCCCACCCGCCGCCUCUCCAAAAGACUUCUCCACCUGCCCAGCAAGUCAGAUUUGCUCUCCACCACCUUCAAGAAGGAAAAGGCCAAGAGCUGCUCGGUCAUGUGA